GGGCGGUGAUGUAGUGAGUCCCAAUUGGUGCAUGCCUCGGGACCACCGCCCCCACCACCACCGCUCAGCAUGGCCAGUCAAGUUGGUGCCCCAGAGGGAUAGACAGGUGGCGUGUGCUUGGCAAGGGAAGGUGUGUGUGCGUGUGUGUAGGCCGUACUCCAGACACACAAUGGUCAACACUUCGAUCUGACGGCAAGGCUGGCUGGCUGGUUGGUACCGUUGGCUGGGUGGUUGGCUGACCCAUCCUUGGCUGUGUGAUGGGUUCUGUGAUCAGCUUAUUAUCUGCUUAAAACAUUUCAGACCAGUGCCGCGGGCUGUCCUCUCACUAUGUUCUGGGAGACGAGGGCCACGGGGCACCGCCUAAACAUUGGCACCAAGGAGGAGCUGGAGGUGACAGGGUACACGAGCGACAAAGUGAAGUUUGGACUGACGGUGGCGGCGACGGUGUUGUCCGGCGGGCUGCUGCUGCUGCUGCUGACCUGGCGGCCCUCCAUCAAGCUCGCCCUCACGCACCGCCGUUGCGCGCUAAAGGAUGCACAGACACUGCUUGUCAGGGACAUCUACGACCAGCUGUGGGAGGAGGAGGUGGUGCGGGAGGGUGAGCAGAUGCACUUCAUCAACAGGAAGCUCAAGUACGUGUGGGACGACGCCGCCUGCACCUUCGUCAGACUACGGACGACGGAGCACACCCCCACCUUCUCCACCUUCCACAACGGAGCGGCGGGAUUUACAGGGAAUGAGGCCGCGCGCCGCCUCCACCUCUUCGGCGAGAACUUCAUGAAGAUCGAGGUGCUGUCCGUGUGGCAGCUCCUCGUCCAGCAGGCCGUUAACCCGUUUUACAUCUUCCAAGCGUUCACGGUGGUGCUGUGGUGCGUGCAGGAGUACUUCAUCUACUCCGCCUGCAUCGUCGCCCUCUCCCUCAUAUCAAUCUUCCUUAUGGUGUGGGAGACGCGCCGGCAAAGUCGAGCCCUGCGAGAGACCGUGACGUCCCAGUCCAAGGUGGCGGUGGUGCGGGAUGGCCAGCGGACGGUGCUGUCGUCGUGCGAGGUGGUGCCCGGCGACGUGGUGCUGGUGGGCGCGGACACGGGGCGGCUGGAGGUGGACGCCGUGCUGCUUCAGGGCACCGUCAUCACCAACGAGGCCAUGCUCACGGGGGAGUCCCUGCCCGUCACCAAGGUAAGCGUACCAAUGGGAAGCGACGCUCUCUUCUGCGAGGAGGAGCACAAGCACCACCUCCUGUACAGCGGGACCCAGGUGCUGCAGGUGCGGGGCGCCGAGGAGCUCCGCGCCCUCGUCAUCUACACAGGCUUCUACACCGCGCGGGGAGAGUUGGUGCGCUCCAUCCUCUUCCCGAAGCCCACUGACUUCCACUUCUACAGCGACUUGAUGAAGAUGCUGUCCGUCUUCCUGCUCCUCGGGUUUGCCGCCAUGGGCUGGAGCAUCUACAAGUGGAUCAUGUUCGGGAGUUCCUGGUCCACCACGCUCCUCUUCUCGCUGGAUCUGGUGACCUUUGUGGUGCCACCGGUGCUGCCUGCCACCAUCACCGCCAUAAAUGUGAUGGCACAGCAAAGACUUAAGCGGCAGCAGGUCUUCUGUCUCUCCUCCAAUUACAUCUCCCUCUCAGGCUCCGUGGAUGUGGUGUGCUUUGACAAGACUGGGACCCUGACUGAGGAAGACCUAUCCCUGGCUGGGGUGAUGAAGGCUUCGGGGCGAGACUUUAGCCAGCCACAAGAAAAUCUGACAACUCUACCCCCUAGUGAACCACUGACCAAGGCCCUGGCCACCUGCCACUCCCUUGCCCUCAUUGAUGGCAAGCUCACUGGCCCACCGCUGGAUGUGAAAAUCUUUGCUGGUUUAGGUUGGAAUCUGCAAGAACCAGAGGCAGUUGUGAAUCCAGACUAUGGGACAGUUGCCCCAGUCCUGGUCCAGCCACAAGCAUUAGGGGAUGGAGACCCUCAGGAGCACGAGUUGGCCAUCCUCAAGACCUUCCCGUUUGAGUCUCGGGAGCAACGCAUGACGGUGGUGGUCAAGGCCAGGAAGAGCAGCAUCAUGGAGGUGUUCAUCAAGGGAGCUCCAGAAAGAGUGGCAACACUCUGCAAAGAGGAAACAGUGCCUGGUCUCCUGGAAGCGGCGGUGGGCUGGUACACGCGCCAAGGACUGAGGGUGUUGGCUGUGGCUAGCAAUACUCUGGAUAGACACACAUUGGAACAGGUCCAGAUUAUGCCUCGAGAGGAGCUGGAGAAGGCAUCAACGUUUCUGGGCCUGGUGCUGCUGCAGAACAAGCUGAAGCCAGAGACAGCCCCGGUCCUGGCCACCAUCCAUGAGGCACAGCUCACCUCAGUCAUGAUUACAGGGGACAACCUGCAGACGGCCAUGUGUAUAGCCAGGCAGAGUGGUCUUGUGCCACCCGGCCACCAGAUCAUCAUUGUCAAGGCUGUGAUGGAGGCAAGCUCGGCCAAAGCAGCUCAGCACCUCAAAGUUUAUUACUAUGAUGCAGACACAAGCAGGGGAUUCAGUGGUCAGCAGAAGUUUAUACCCGUGAGGAAUGACAACUACACGAUGGCCACGGAUGGAGAAACCUUUGACCUGCUCGCCAGUGCCCAGGACAAGACCGUGUUUUACCGAGUGCUGCACAAGGGCCGCAUAUUUGCCAGAAUGAAGCCGGACCAAAAGAUCACGGUGGUGGAAACUCUGCAAGACCUUGGUCAUCAAGUAGCAAUGUGUGGUGAUGGCUGCAAUGACUGUGGGGCUUUAAAGGCAGCAGAUGCUGGGAUCUCCCUGUCAUCAGCAGAGGCAUCGGUGGCUGCUCCCUUCACAUCCCGCAAGGAAAGCAUUACUUGCAUACCUGUGCUGAUCCAGGAGGGAAGAGCUGUGCUGGUUUCCCUCUUCUGCACCUUCAAGUAUAAUGUGACAGCCUGCUUUGGUGCGCUCAUCUGUGUCAUGUGGAAUUUUGAGGUCCACGCAGAGCCAUCAGAUGCCCAGUAUGUGACAAUGGACCUUCUCCUGAUGACAAUACCACCCCUUGUGAUGGGCUGCACAGGGGCAGCUCCUUACCUCACACCCAAGCAGCCCCAGCAACGCAUCCUCAGCUUCCUGCCAUCAGCCUCCUUGUUUUCCUUCCUUGGCCUCCAGGCCUUGGUGUACUGGGGGAUGUACACUUACCUCAGCAUGCAGCCAUGGUUUGAGCCAUUCACGGAAACUGAGCAUGCCUGGCCGCCGACACCAAACUAUGAGAACACAACCUUCAUGCUCAUCUGUUACUACUUCCUGGUCAUCGGAUCAUUCGUGUUCUCCCAUGCUGGCCCCUUCCUGAAGCCCUUUUUCACUAACUAUGCUCUGACUGCCUAUAUGGUCUUGGCAACAACGUUUUGCAUCUUCAUCACUUUCUACACUGGAUCGUGGUGUGUGGACUUGCUUAACUUCAAGGUCUACCCUGAAGCUGGCUUUGCUGGCAUGCUGUUUUUCAUCAUGUGUAUCUGCUUAGUUGUCUCCUUCACGUGGGAGAGGUGGUUCCUGUAUUGGGGGCUGGAGGACUAUGUCCUGCCCCUGCUCUCAGGACUGUGUGGGAGGAAGCCUCUCCAUGCAAAAAUUGAAAAGGAACUUCAGGAAAAUAAAGAGUGGCCUGUUCUCUCAGAAGCCCCCUAUGAGCCUGGUGUUGAGAUGUAUGACUCAGAUGAAAAAGUAUUUGAUGAUGAGUCAUUGGGAGCUGAGAAUUACCAGAGUGGUGACGAUGAUGUGGGGCCAUUUGGCCGCCAGCUGACCCGUCGCCACCGCUUCAAUGCCACUGUUGUGCACGUCCCUAAGAAGAGUGACUCUGACUCUGAAGCUGCCACAACCCCCUCCACUUUGCCCGCCCCACACACUUUCGGAGAACAAGAGCCUCUCAUUGCCCAGGGCAGUGAUGGAUACAGGGACCCUUGGGAUUCUCGCCCCGCCAGUGAAGAAAGAGACCAAAAACAACGCUUCAACAUGAGCGUGAGGCACCAGAUUAUGAAGGGCACUGGUGGUGGCUUUAGGACAUUCAAAGGCAGCAUAAAGAGUCAGGCAGCUGUUGAGGAGGGUGAUGCCCAGCCUUAUGAAGUAAUCCCCCUCUCCAACUAUGAUGAUCAUCCCCAGGAAGCUAUAUACUCAACAAUAUCAGAGGUUGGUCCUGAUGACUACAAAGAGCCGUAUGCAGCAACAGGCGUACCUGUGCAAGAAAAUAGACAGGAGACUGUUGAAAAUGAGGUUUAUAGAGACAGUGCAACAGCAGAGAAGUUGUCCAAGCAGUUCUUGUAUGAUGUGCCAAAGCCUGUAAAACCAGUGGAGCAGCCAUACUCCCCCCUACCUAAGGAUGCCUCACAAGCCCUUCCUCCGCCACCUCCACACACCCCAACUGAAGAUGAAGCUCAACAACAAUUUGGAGACCCUAGUUGCUGACAGUGCCUCAUUAGUGGCACUAAGA